UAUGUCGUGCGUGGAAAACAUGUAAUUUUGUCUAUUUUAUUGUGCUAGUUAAUAAAACUUCCGUUAAAAUAUUGAAAUCCAAAUGGACUUUACGCCAUUGUGCUUACAUUAUCUAUGUAAUAAUAGCUCAUUGUGGGUAAAUGCAUCAUCAGGUUCAGAGUAUAAUGUUGUGUUAUCGUUGGGCAGCGAUCAAUAAAUAUCCGAUUAUCUCAAUAAAACUAACAUUAAUCAAUCUCACCGUUACCAAUUCCGCAUUUAUUUAUUUGAUGUCACUAUGAAGAUACCUACUUGCUUCGGAGAGAUAAUUUUGUUCGUAAUUAGUUUUUUACUGGGAUCAUCUAAUUCUCAAAGUAGUGAAAUAAACUGGGAUUGGUGGAGAACAGCGGUCAUCUACCAGAUUUACCCAAAAUCUUUUAAUGACGCCAACAAUGACGGCUAUGGAGACUUGAGAGGGAUUAUAAGCAAACUUCCCCAUCUUGCAGAUGCGGGCGUUAAUGCAGCAUGGAUUUCACCUAUAUACGCUUCACCUCAGGUGGAUGAUGGAUACGAUAUCAGUAAUUUUGUCGACGUUUGGGAAACAUUCGGAACUUUGGAAGAUUUUGAUGAACUGGUUACUGCUUCGCACGAAUUAGAUAUAAAAAUUAUAAUGGAUCUCGUACCUAAUCACUCAAGCGAUCAGCAUGAUUGGUUCAAAUUAUCUGAGAAUAGAACAACAGGUUAUGAAGAUUAUUACGUGUGGAGGGAUGGAGAAAGUUCUACUACACCCCCAAACAAUUGGAUAAGUGUCUUUAAAUAUUCAGCAUGGAAGUACAGCGAAAUUAGGCGCCAAUGGUAUUUACAUCAAUUUACAGAACAACAACCCGAUUUGAACUACAGAAAUCCUAAAGUAUUGGAAGAAAUGACGAAUGUCAUUAAAUUUUGGUUGGAUAGAGGUGUGGAUGGAUUUAGAGUUGACGCUAUUCCACAUAUGUACGAAGAUGAGCAAUUUCGAGAUGAACCGCUAUCAGGUUAUGAAGGAGUUCAAGCAUUUGAAUACGAUUACUUAAUUCACAAUUGUACGAAAGAUUUAAAUGAAACUUAUCAAGUAAUUUACUAUUGGAGAGAAGUACUUGACAACUACACACAGAACAAAGGAGGAGAUGCAAGAAUUAUGAUGGUAGAAAGUUCGUCGGCUUUACCUAUGACCAUGUUGUACUAUACCGAUGGUUCAAGAAAUGGUGCACAUUUUCCAUUUAAUUUUCAACUCUUUGGUAUUUCUGAAGGUUCCUCGGCUUCUGACAUUAUAAAUGUUGUAAAUAAUUGGUUAAACAAUAUGCCAAGAGGAGAUUAUGUACCAAACUGGGAACUCGGAAAUCAUGAUCAAAUAAGAGCUGCGACUCGCUUUGGUAAAGACAAUAUUGAUGCGUUUAACAUGUUGAACUUGCUUCUACCUGGAGUUGCUGUUACAUAUAACGGGGAAGAGAUUGGCAUGGAAAAUGGUGAAGUAACAUGGCAAGAAGGUCAAGAUCCUAGUGCUUGCAAUGGCGAUGAAGAAUCCUUUAACACUACAAGCAGAGAUUUCGCGAGAACACCUUACCAUUGGGAUAAUUCUACCAAUGCAGGUUUCAAUAUUGGAGCCGAAACGUGGCUACCAGUUAGCAGAAAAUAUUUAGAAUGCAAUCUUGAAAAUCAAAGAACUACAGAUAGAAAUAGCCAUUACAAAGUUUACAAAAAACUCACUGCCCUUCGAAAGGAAUCCCCAUUCCGAAGAGGUAAUUUUGAAAUGGCUGCUGUUGCAGAUUACGUUAUGGCAUUCACAAGAAUUUCAAAUAGAAGUGAUGGAAUUGUGGUAGUCUUGAACACGGGCAGUUCGUCAGCUACAGUCAAUCUUACCGGUCAUUUUCCCAAUUUGACCAGUCAACUCGAAGUUUUAGUUUCAAGUAUCACAUCAGAAAGAAUUGAGGGAGAUACCGUAAUAACCAGUUCAAUUGGUUUAUGGUGGUUGUGGAUAACGAUGCUGCCAAUAUUAUUUUUUUUCCUUUUUCUUACGUAG